AUCAUGGGCCAGGCCAUUAUAACGGAUGGGAUUCCUGGACCACGAGGCCCAAUUAAGCUGGCCCAAUUAAGCUACGCCCCAAUUCAGCGACGGCCCAUAUAACGAAGAGAGUUGCGCAUUUAUUUGCUAUUUCAAAAGAAAAAGGCAGAAAAAAUCCUCGAGUUGCGAUGGACAGUCCCAGGAAUUUCAAUUUGGUCUCUCGCACAUCUCAAAAGGCCACUCCUCGUCUCCUUCCCCUUUUACUUCAUUUUUUUAGGCAGGCCGCCGCCACUCCUUUCCUUUUGCCUUCUCAUCUUCCUCAAAGUCCAUGUGUUAGAGCCGUAGAGCCACAGGCUUCCUCUCAUUUAUCCCAUAUUUAUUCCCCUUUCGGACAUCGCUUUUUCCCACUUUCUCCUUCGCCAUGGCUCGUGUUUGCGACCUACAGUCUCUUUCAUCGCUAUUUUCGUCUCGCCCAACAAUACCCAGAUCCUCAAAUUUCAAACCCAUUUGUUCUUUUCACUGCUCUUCUUCUUCUUCGCCAUUUACAGAGAAACAUUCCGUGAAGAGAUACCAAAGAGACGAUUGGGUGUACAAGAACCAAGCGGAUGAAAGUUCUGUUGCUUCAUCGUGUUCUAUUUCGUGUGAUUCUGAGUCUAUACGGCAGAAUGACAUUGCCUUGCAGCUGCCGGAGCUGAAGAAAUUGCUGCAGGUGCUGAGGGAAAAGAGGGCAAGUAGUGGUUGCGAUGAUGGGAAAUGUGGGCCUGGGAAUGUGUUUCUGGUGGGGACUGGCCCUGGAGAUCCAGAGCUUUUGACAUUGAAGGCGGUGAAAGUGAUUCAGAGUGCUGAUUUGCUUUUGUAUGAUCGAUUGGUGUCUAAUGAUGUGUUGGAUUUGGUGGGUUCUGAUGCUAGGCUUCUCUAUGUGGGGAAGACUGCUGGUUUCCAUAGCAGAACCCAGGAGGAGAUUCAUGAGUUACUUCUGAACUUUGCUGAAGCUGGAGCUACAGUUGUGAGGCUUAAAGGAGGAGACCCUCUUGUGUUUGGAAGGGGUGGGGAGGAGAUGGAUUUCUUGCAACAGCAAGGGAUUCAAGUCAAAAUUGUUCCUGGGAUAACUGCUGCUUCAGGUAUAGCUGCUGAAUUGGGAAUUCCUUUGACACACAGGGGCGUUGCGACAAGUGUCAGGUUCCUCACUGGUCACUCGAGACAGGGUGGAACCGAUCCUCUAUUUGUCGCAGAGAAUGCAGCUGAUCCAGAUUCAACUCUGGUGGUAUACAUGGGUCUAUCAACUCUUCCAUCUCUGGCCCUUAAGUUGAUGCAUCAUGGUCUGCCCCCUGAUACCCCAGCUGCUGCCAUUGAACGAGGGACAACACCCCAACAAAGAAUAGUUUUUGCAGAACUGAAGGAUCUUGCAGAUGAAAUCAAAGCAGCAGAGUUGGUUUCACCUACUUUAAUUAUAAUUGGAAAAGUGGUUUCUCUCUCACCACAUUGGUCACUUUCUUCCAAAGAAGCCUCCAGUUUGGUAGAGGCUUAAUUGAGUUAAAGAGUCUACAAAAGGUUACAGGAAUAGUUCUUCAUUCUGUCACUUAAAAAGCUCUGGACGCCGAGUUUUUCCACAAGAUCUUGUUGAUUUUGUGGAGAAAACAUUGAAACCAUGACAGAGCGGAAAAAGAAGAAUAGGGGACUCGUCUUUCUGUUCUGCAUUUUAGUGGUCUGCCCAUUGCCUUCAAAUGGCUGGACUCUGGUUUUCUGCGAAGGACGGGAGUGAUGCAGUGGUUUUCCUCCUUGGAUGCUACUGCCGGAGCACGGUGAGCAGCAUCUCCUCAUACGAUUUCUUGCAUUGGUUCAAAUAGAACCUCCAAACUUCAAUUUUUUCUUAGUUCAUGUUCAUGAGGCCUCUGGUGCAAUGAGAUUACUUUAUCACCAACCAAUGUAUUGUAGAAUUGUCUUUUAUCUUGA